AUGGGAGAAAAGAAGAGUAUUGGGAUUACAGAGACUUCUAAACAGCUUCAUGGAUACACACUCACCUUUGAAAACAUCUCGUGCCAUGUAAAUUCUGGCUCGAUAUUCAAUCGUACUGUUGUGGCAGCUCUUGAGAGUGCGUCUGGGUAUGUCGAACCAGGGACGUCGCUUGCUGUGCUUGGUGCAUCUGGAGCAGGGAAAACUACUUUGGUCGACAUUCUCUCUGGACGCAAAAAUGUGGGCAAAGUAGGCGGAACAUACCUCGUGAACGGCAAACGCCCAGACCGUUUCUUCAGAAUGAGGGCUGGAUACGUCACUUACGACAUGGCUCACGUACCAACCAUGACUGUCUCAGAAACGGUCUUGUUUGCUGCUCGUUGUCGAAUGCCUCGCGGUACGACAGAUGCUGAACAUAGAGCCCGUGUUGAUCAAGUACUGCAACAAUUGAGGUUGAGCCAUAUCGCUGAUACUUAUAUUGGCGACGAGUUGGUUCGUGGUGUCUCGACUGGUGAAAAGAAACGUACGGAAAUCGCAACUGAAAUGGUUGCUUCGCCACGAGUAAUGUUCUUGGACGAGCCGACGUCUGGACUAGAUGAUUAUGGUGCAAAAUUCACCAUGCAGCUGGUCUUGCAAUAUGUAAAGGCCGAGAACGUUACUGUCGUCACUGUUAUUCAUCAACCCAGUGAAGCCGUCUUCAACCUCUUCGACUCUUGUCUACUUCUUGGAGCUGGCAGAACAUGCUACUUUGGUCCUAUCCCAGCAGCAAGAGAAUUCUACGCUACAAUGGGCCACCCAGUCCCAGAGCUCACCAACGCCAUCGAACACUAUCUGGAUGUAAUCGCAGCUGCACCGCUAGAUUCCGCCUCCUACUAUGCUUCAUCAGCAGUCGGCCAAGCCAACGAUGCCACACUAAAGAAUCUCAUCUUGGCGAGCUCAGGUCAAUCUCUGCCACAGCUCGACUUCUCAGACAACUUGUAUGAGACCACGGUAUUCAGACAAUUCUACCUCAACUUGGUCCGAACUAUACAACGAUACAGACGGAAUCCAUCUACCUCAUUUGGACGUGUAUUUGUAUCCUCCUGCAUAUCCCUCAUCUUUGGUGCCAUCUUCUGGAGGGUGUCUUCAGAUCAUUCUAUUGGUGGACUUCGUAAUGCUACUUCUCUUGUGUCGGCGCUCGCUUUCUUGCCAGCAUUCACUGCUGGAGCGGCCAUUCCACAAUUCUUGGAAGACAGAGCUUUAUAUAUUCAAGAAACGGCUUCGGCUUUCUACUCUCCCAUGCCAUAUUAUCUUGCCUACUCGCUGGUCGAAAACACGGUUACCAUGGUGGUCACUUUGAUUCAAGCUACGAUUGUGUUUUACAUGGCACAAUUGAAUCCCACGUAUUUUGGUCUCUUCAUUGCCAUGCUGAUUAUGCAAUCAUGGAUCUCUACUGCAUCAACUCAAAUGAUCUCAGCUUGGUCAAAGACUUUGGUCCAGGCGUACACCGCUCUGAUAAGCUACGGCUUGGUAUUAUUCUUGUUCUCAGGUGGACAAUCCGGAAACCAGCAAUUGAGUCCAGUACUAGCUUGGAUACCCUACAUUUCGUACUGGAGAUGGACUGUACAAUACUUGCUAUACCAAACUACACGAGGCUAUGUGUUGAUUUGCGAUCCAACAUCCAUCAUCCCACUGCCAAUGAACGGUAUCAUCCCGAUCAUUGACGCAAGUGUCGGCGCCUCAUUGAACUCGACCAUAACAAGAGACUUAGCAGCUAAUGCAACAAACUAUGCCUUUGUCAAGACUCAACUCGGAUACAUCCAAAGUCUCAGUGCCGUAAACACAUCCGUCUUAGCUCCAUACGUAGCUGCAGGUGCCAUUCCGGCCUCAGUAUUCACAACAGUAGCAACGAAUGAAGGUGCGGCAUUCGUGCAGGCUCUUCCAUAUCUCCCUGCUGGAUCAAGUGCAGCUACAUUGACUGGACAAGUAACUUAUGCUGGUGCUAUUGGGUUAUGGGAUGGCGCUUCUGUAUUGGCAAAGGCGCCGUUUGCUGUAUACCCUGACUUGUCGUAUUGUGCCGUUCCAUCAGCAGACUCAUUCAUCGAGUCUAUAUACAAUGUCAACCCCAACUCUCCAAACGCCAACGCGACAUCUUAUGGAUAUGCAUUCCUAUUUUUUGUUAUUCAUUGGACGCUUGGAUAUAUUGGAAUUCUUGUCAGUCGAACCUACAAGGCCCGAUAA